CGUCUCACUCCGUGCUUGUUUCCCGCCGUCGUCAGCGCACGAGCUGUAUAAACAAACAAGACGUAGGUUUUACGACAGAUACGUUCGCGUGGCCGUCGUGUGAUUUUACGACACACGUUCACAGUAUCCGUCUGCGCCACAUCUUUCUUCAGUCCGAGUUUUUUUUUUGCGACGUUUAAGCUAUCCGCUAAAUCCGUCGCCCUGGUAACGGCUCCGCUAGCACCGUCCCGCUCGCCGCUUCCCCGCUCCGGAGUGACUCCUCCUGCCGCACGGAGACGAGCUGCGGCUGAGUCCGGGUACAAGGUGGGGCAGAGUGUCCUGGUCAACUUGGAGAAGUUGAGUGUGUGUCGGUGUGUGUCGCUGUGUGGCGGAUUGUGGCGCGAGCGGCGGUGAAACACGUUAGCAGGCCAGAGUCAUGGCCUCCGGUAAGAACAAGAACCAGACGUCUCUGGUCCUCCACAAGGUGAUCAUGGUGGGCAGCGGUGGCGUGGGAAAGUCCGCCCUCACCCUCCAGUUCAUGUAUGACGAGUUUGUGGAGGACUACGAGCCCACCAAGGCGGACAGCUACAGGAAGAAGGUGGUCCUGGACGGCGAGGACGUGCAGAUCGACAUCCUGGACACGGCGGGGCAGGAGGACUACGCCGCCAUCAGAGACAACUACUUCCGCAGCGGGGAGGGUUUCCUGCUGGUGUUCUCCAUCACGGAGCACGAGUCCUUCACCGCCACGUCCGAGUUCAGGGAGCAGAUCCUGAGGGUGAAGGAGGAGGAGGCCAUCCCUCUGCUGCUGGUGGGCAACAAGUCCGACCUGGAGGAGCGGCGGCAGGUCUCUGCUGACGACGCCACGGCCAAGGCCGGCGAGUGGGGGGUCCAGUACGUGGAGACAUCGGCCAAGACGAGGGCCAACGUGGACAAGGUGUUCUUUGACCUCAUGCGGGAGGUCCGCAAGAAGAAGAUGGCCGAGAGCAUAGGAAGAAACGGGCCGAGCGGCAAGAAGAAGAAAAAGCGCUGCUGCAUACUUUAACCUCGCCGUCACGGUCGACGUGACAACGUGCCAAAACCAAACGGCGGUCGGACGGACUGAUGGACUCGGGCGGCGGCUUCAGACCAGAACCUGCCUGACGACUGCACAGCUGCGCUACAAACACUUCAUCAGAUGAGGAGCUCGUACUCUUUUCCUCAGCUGCACAUUUAUUUGGGCAUUUAUCGUUAAACAUUUAUCGUUAAACCUGAAAGUGUGUUGUUUUUUUUUUUCCUCCAAGUGUAUAAAAUGUAAGAGUCGACGUGUUCGAGGUCGAGUCUACCAGAAAGUCUCACUUCCAUUAUUAUUGUUGUUGUUUGUCUGGUGACCUUGGUACUGUGCUGGUUCUGCUUCCUCUUUAUGUACAGAUUGUGGAGUCCAAAUUCUAUGUGGCCAAAAGUAUGUGGACGAUAUUCAGCAGUUGCAGCUCGAGCAGCUGUUCUUUCUGCCACAUGUUGAACCUGCAGCAGGGAUUUGAUCUCAUGCAGCCUCCAGAACAUCAUCCAGGUCCAACAGGGAUGGUGGUGAUCGGGUCUGGUCCAGAGUCGGGGUUCAGGUUCCUCCACACACCUUUUCUUUAUGGAGCUGAAUUUAUUUAUAGACUCGAGCUAGCUUAAAGCAGCGAUAGGCUCGUUGUGUCUGUUGUCACAGACAUACGCCCCCCGGUGUUCAACACAAGGAGAUGCAGUUCUUUAUGGACAGUAGACGCUAACGAAGAAGCUAAUUCUCUGUUUUUAUAUGUGCAUGAAGCUUUAUUGAGAUAAAAACAGGAUGUAUGAUGCAUGAGGAGCUCAACACAGCUAGCAUGCUACCAGUGUUAGCUCAAUAGACUUUUCUCUGUAUGAAUGGAACUGUUUCACCUUGAUAAGCUAACUCCCCAUUGAUCAGCAAAAUCUGCUUGAGUUGAAAAUUGUGGCGAUCAUUUUGGUAAAAAGGUAUUUGGUCAUUAUGCUAACAUGGUGUCCACAUACUUUUGGCCACACACUCCACAUGUUUUUGUGUCUUUUUUAAAUUGUUGUGAAUGUUUCGACAAUCUUGAUUUUUUUUUUUUUUCUUCACGUGUUAAUCAGACGAUCGACCCGACAUCAUGUCCAGAAGCUCCAGGGAGGAUUUUUGUGCCUUAAACCCUCGUUUCCUCGAAAAGAAACGCGUUUGUGACCUGAAAAUACCAGAAAGUGUAAAACUUCUGCGCUCGUCCGUGUUCCUCCUCGCUGUGUUGACCCACAUUCCCGACAUGCAGUAUCACACUUCCACACACUCCUUUUGUAUGAUGCCUUCACUCUUCACCUCCCCGACGAACACAAGUAUAAUUUAUAAUCACAACCUCUUUAAAUCAGAUCUGUCCUCGCAGACACACUCACACCCAUUUGAUAAUAAAAGUCAGACUGAUCACUGAU